GAUGGUAUGUUCCAUCCGUAACCCGGUAGAUGUUCCUGUUUGACCUCGUCUACUUCCUUUCUUGUGGCGGCCGUCGAGUAUAAUGGCAAAGAUCAAGGCCAGAGAUCUGCGUGGUAAGAAGAAGGAGGAGCUGCUCAAGCAGUUGGAUGACCUGAAAGUAGAACUCUCCCAGCUUCGAGUGGCCAAGGUCACUGGUGGUGCUGCAUCCAAGCUUUCAAAGAUUCGCGUUGUGCGCAAGUCCAUCGCCAGAGUUCUUACUGUCAUCAACCAGACACAGAAAGAGAAUCUGAGGAAGUUCUACAAGGGGAAGAAGUAUAAGCCUCUGGACCUGAGGCCCAAAAAGACUCGCGCGAUCCGUCGGCAGCUCACCAAACAUGAGCAGGGCCUCAUGACCAAGAAGAUGCAGAGGAAGUCACGUCUGUACUCCAUGCGCAAAUUUGCUGUCAAGGCAUAAGGCUGUCUUUUUUUUUUUUUCCCUCUUGAAUAAAAUGUCCCACCCCUGGACAAAGA